GUGCGGCUUUUUCGUUCCAUUAAUUAAUUUUUUUUUUGUGGACGCUUCAGUGUUUAAUUUUUUCGAGGUUUAUCUCUCUUCCUCCAAUAUAAUAUUCUCGUAUAUUUUUAAUUUUUGUGGCCUGGAUAUAAAAGAAAAAAGUAUCAUACAAUUGUAUAUAUAAAAUUUUUAGAAAAUUGUUAAAGAUUCAAGAUUCCUACACCAAUCAUCCAUAUAUAAAUAAUAAAAUAGAAGAGUUUUCGGUGUUUGACUGGUUGAUAAACCUGAUAUAUAUUCAAAAUGGCUUCAAUUAGUCCUGAUAUUGAUACAAACUUUAUACCGGAUUUACCAAUGGGACCACUUAAUGAAUAUAGAAAAAAAGCAAAAUUUAACUGGAAGAGGCUAAUGUUAAUAUUAGAUGAAGAGGCUUCAGUUAAAAUUAAAUAUAGAGUUUGGAAACUAUUAGAAAAUGAUCCAUUAUUUUCAAAGGCAAAAUAUACAUUAUCAACUGAUGAACUGAAACGUUUAGCAGCAAUGCAAGUUAAUAAAUUAACUGAAUUAGAUAUUAUUCCAAAAGAUGUUAUUAACUACAGUUAUAGAGAUCGUACAAAAUUUUUAAUGAGUACUGAUGAAGCACUUUAUUCAUAUUCAUCAGAUUUAUCAGUAAAAAUUGCAUUAGGUGUUAGUUUAUUUGUAAAUUCAUUAUCGGCAAUGGGUACUGAAAGGCAUAAAAAAUAUUAUAAUGCAGCAUGGAAUCGUGAAAUUGUUGCAUGUUUUGCAAUAACUGAAGUAGCACAUGGUAGUAAUACAAAAAAUAUUCGUACAACCGCAACAUAUGAUCCAAUUACACAAGAAUUUAUUAUAAAUACACCAGAUUUUGAAGCAGCAAAAUGUUGGAUCGGUAAUUUGGGUAAAACAGCGACAAUUUGUUUAACAUUCGCAAAUUUAUAUACAGCUGAUGGUAUAAAUCAUGGUUUACAUGGUUUUGUAGUACCAAUACGAAAUCCAAAAACAUUAAUGGCAUAUCCUGGUGUUAUUGUUGGUGAUAUGGGUGAAAAAAUUGGUUUAAAUGGUGUUGAUAAUGGUUUUAUGAUGUUUUCUAAUUAUCGUAUACCAAGAGAGAAUUUAUUAAAUAGAAUUGCAGAUGUAACACCAGAAGGUUCUUAUGAAACAGUUCUUAUGGAACCAAGUAGAGCUUUAGGUGCAGCAUUAGAAACUUUAUCAGUUGCACGUUUAGGUAUUAUACAAGAAUCAGUUAAUAAUUUAUCGUCAGCAACUGUAAUUGCUGUACGUUAUGCAGCACUUAGGAAGCAAUUUGGACACGAAAGAAAUGGUCCAGAAGUUCCAAUUAUCGAAUAUCAAUUACAUCAAUGGCGAAUUUUUCCAUAUCUUGCGGCUGCAUGUGUAUUAAGGGUAUUUGCUGUUCAAAUAAGUGGUACAUAUUUAAAGACUGUUGAAGAUUGUCAAUCGGAAUCGAAUGCUUUUGAAGUAUUCAGUCAAUUGGUGGGUGAAUUUCAUGCUAUUAUUUCAUCAUCGAAACCAUUGCUGACAUGGACAGCAAGGGAUGCAAUACAAGAAUCACGUGAAGCAUGUGGUGGUCAUGGCUAUUUGAAAAUUUCUAAUUUAGGUGAAUUACGUAAUAAUCAUGAUGCAUCGGUUACAUAUGAAGGUGAUAAUAACGUAUUACAACAGCAAGCUUCCAAUUGGCUUAUUAAACAAUGGGAUGAUAAAAUUGAAAGUCCACUUGGUACUGCAAAUUUUUUGAAAAAUCGUACAGAUAUAUUAAGGCGUAAAUUUGAAGAUAUUAUAAAAGUAACACCAGUUGAAUCAAUGGAAUUUCCAAUUGAAUGUUUUGAAUGGCUUAUAUGUUAUCUUUUGGAUAAAACAGCAUCAAAAAUUCGUAAUUUUGUUUCAAAUGGUGCACAUAGAUUUGAUGCUAAAAAUAAUUCACAAGUAUAUACAGCACGUGAUAUAUGUCGAGCUUAUCCACAAUAUGUUGCAUUAUGUAGUUUUCGUACACGCUUUCAUAAACCGGAUGUAACACCGGAAUUAAAAGAAGUUUUACAAUUAAUUUAUCUUAUUUAUUCAUAUUGGAUAAUUGAUCAACAUAUGACAUCAUUUUGUCAAGGUGCAUUUGCUAAAAAUCCAACAAAAUUUGUUGAUUUAAUACGUUCAAAAUUAUUGGAAAAAUGUGGAGAAUUUAAAAAUUCUGCUGUAUCAGUUGCUGAUUCAAUUGCACCACCAGAUUUUGCAUUAAAUUCAGCAAUCGCAAAAUCUGAUGGAUUAUUAUAUCAAAAUCUACAACAUGAACUAAUGACAAAUCCGAAUGCUUUUUCAAGACCAUCAUGGUGGAGAGAUAUACUGUUACCAGAUCCACCAUCAUUAAAAUCAAAACUUUGAAAUAAAUACACUUAUAUAAACAUAUUAUAUUUUUAAUUUACGAAUGUAUUGUAUGUAGUAGGUAUGAAACGUUCAAAAAUUUAAUAUUAAUAAUAAUGUUUAUAAAUAUUUAUUUUUAUUUUAUGAAAAAAAUUUAAAAAUUUAUAUGUAUGUAUAAAGAAACUACGGUUUUAAAAAUCUCCUAAAAUCAGGGCAUUUAGAAUAUUUUUUUAAUAUUUUAAUAGAAAUGGUGCGCAGAAAUUGAUUGUAAUGAAAUAAAAUAUAAAAAAAAAAAGAGAAGAAAAAAUGUAUUUUUUAAAGUAAUCUCAAUAUCGAUGUUGCCUUUUUCCUUAUUUUUUAAGACUAUAUAUACUAUAUAUUAUAAUAUAAAUUAUUAAACUAGUGUGUAUAUAUAUAUCUAUGUGUAUAUACAUAAAUAUAUAUGUUAUUGUUGAUGAAAACUGUGUCUUUUAUUCCUAAAAUAUUAAAACAAAAAAUUAAAAGAAACUAUACUAUAUUAUAUAUUUAUAUUGUAUAAUUGAAAUUAUUCAUUUACACAUUCAUAUACUUACAUAUUUUAAUAAAUUUUUAUUAUAUUUAUAUA